UGGCUUUCCACGGACUGCAGCUGAAGAUCAAGAGGGAGCUGCACAGCCCGUGUUCAGAGCUGAGCUCCAACUGUAGUCAGGAACGGCCCUUCAAACUCCAGUAUGGAGAGAAGUGCCCGUACAACGUCAGUGCCUAUGAGCAGAAGCAGCCUGCAGGAAUGAAGCCCUCCAGCCCAGUGACGCCCCCCUGUAGCACCCCUGUUUCCCCCCUCCAUCAUGCCUCACCCACGGCAGCCCCAACGCCCAAACCAGACAGGACCUAUGCCCACAUACCG